UCAGAUCUGCUACGCGAUAAACAAAAUUUCGCCAAUGUUACAGUGGCCAUUCUUUUCCAAAUGGACAACCGACUCUUAGCUACCAAGCUAAUGUAGCAACAUAACGUUUAGAAUCAUUGCUUGCUAGCUAGUUAACCGCCAGUUGAUAAACUGUACACACUGACAGAUAACAUGGCAGAGUCGCCGCCGUUAUCAGGGGUUAAUGUCGUCCUGGUUAUGGCCUAUGGAAGCUUGGUGUUUGUGCUGCUGUUUAUCUUCGUUAAAAGGCAAAUCAUGCGUUUCGCAAUGAGAUCCCGCCGGGGACCUCAUGCACCUAUUGGCCACAAUGCACCUAAGGGUUUGAGGGAGGAGAUUGACUCCAGGCUGUCCAAGGUCCAGGAGAUCCGUUUCGAACCUCGUCUCCUGUCAGAAGAAGACGAUAGGCUGAAGCAAGGAUCACAGAUUAGUUGCUACAACUACCUGUACAGAAUGAAAGCCCUGGAUGCCAUCCGUGAUUCAGGUAUUCCUCUGCAGGAGAUAAGCUGCAGUCCCAGUGCGUUUACUGGACGCAGCUUCAGGAACUGGCUGCUGGAGCUGCGCAACUCCCACUCUCUGAUCAAGAGCAGCCGCAGCGCACUCAUCGACCGCUUGCUUGAAGGCUACGACAGCGCUCGUCAUGGGACUGGGGUGUUUGGGGAAGCUGAGUUUCUUGAGUACCAGCAAGCUCUCACAGAACUAGCUGAUGUGGUGAAGGCCUAUUCCAGCACCACCAGCCUGGACCAGCAUCACCAGUCCGCAGCGAAGGACCUGACAGGCUCUCCUGUCCGUAGCACUCCCUCCACCAUCCAGGUCACCUACCUGCCCUCCACUGGCCAGCGCAGCAAGAGGCCCAAACACUUUCUGGAGCUCAAAAGUUUCAAAGACAACUACAACACACUGGAGAGCACCCUGUGAGAGACUGCUGCUAUGGACUGACUGUGUGUGUGUGAGCACAUGUGCGCAACACCACAGUCUACUGGGAAACUAAAAGAUGUAACACACUGUAACUUCCUAAGCUGUAAAAUUCAUCCACAAAUUGAGUUUGGGAAAACUUCUGACAGCAAAUUCAGAUAGGACAAUGUCUGUUGUGAGCAUUUCCAUACAUCAUAUUUUUCAAGCCAUUUAAAAGAAUUUUGUGAUGAUGAAGCCCUUAUUUGUAUGUGUUACACCACAGUCUUUGUUCUUAUUUUGGACCUAAUGAGUGUGUUCAGAGGACAAAUAUGAUUGUAGCCAACCAGGCAAGGUUUUCAUGGUCAGUUUUGUAAAAAUGGAAAAUAGCAAAUCACCUGGAUUUUAUUUUUUCUCAAAAAUCCAAAUGUGAAUAUGAGAACAUUUGGAUUUACUGUGUUUGUACACGUGUAAGAUAUUUAUAUGGACGAUGAUAACUUAUUUGACAUGGAUUUGUAUUUUAAGUGAGGUUGUACACUUUUGUAGUUUGAGAUAAAAGCACUACAACCCACUUGUACAUAUUCAGUCUGUUUAUUGUUUCCACUAGGUGGCAGUACAAGGUUAUGAUGUAAAGAUCAACAACAGAUGAUGAAAUUUAGGUUUGUAUAACUUGACAAGAACAAAUAAGUCAGAUAAACCAGGAAUUACAUUAUAAAUGAGUGAAAUCUACAAUAAAGAGGACAGAGACUGAACUUCAAUGUAUUUAUGUACAA